AUGGCUUCGCGACCUACCGUCUCUAUCAUCGGCAAAGAUGGUGCUCCCACGGGAGCUACCCACCCCGUUCCUGCUGUCUUCACCAGCCCUAUCCGACCGGAUAUCGUGCAGCGGGUUCACACUGGCAUGGCCAAGAACAAGCGCCAGCCGUAUGCUGUGAGCGAGAAGGCUGGUCACCAGACUUCUGCUGAGUCUUGGGGUACUGGUCGUGCUGUUGCUCGUAUCCCCCGUGUCUCUGGUGGUGGUACUCACCGUGCCGGCCAGGCUGCCUUUGGUAACAUGUGCCGAUCCGGUCGUAUGUUUGCUCCCACCAAGAUCUGGCGCAAGUGGCACGUCAAGGUCAACCAGGGCCAGAAGCGCUAUGCUACCUGCUCCGCCCUGGCUGCCUCCGCCGCCGCUCCCCUCCUCAUGGCCCGCGGCCACGAAAUCAUGACCGUCGCCGAGGUUCCCCUCGUCGUUGACUCAGCCCUCUUCGACGCCGGCUCCAUCUCCCGCACCGCCCCCGCCCUGGCCCUCCUCAAGGCCGUCGGCGCUGGCCCCGACCUCGACAAGGCCAAGAACUCCAAGAAGCUCCGCGCCGGCAAGGGCAAGCUCCGUGGCCGCCGUCACCGCCAGCGCCGCGGCCCCCUCGUCGUCUACAACCCCGAAGUCGACGGCAAGGAGCUCGUCACCGCGUUCCGCAACAUCCCCGGCGUUGAGACCUCUCCCGUCUCCUCUCUCAACCUCCUCCAGCUCGCCCCCGGCGGCCACCUCGGCCGCUUCAUCGUCUGGACCUCCUCUGCCUUCAAGGCCCUGGACGAGAUCUACGGCUCCACCACCGAGGCGUCCGCCCACAAGCGCGACUUCUUCCUGCCUUCCAACGUUGUCUCCCAGGCUGAUCUGACCCGUCUGAUCAACUCUUCUGAGAUCCAGAGCUCGUUGAACGCUCCCAAGGGCGAGGCUGUCACUCGUCGCUCUGCCGUGCAGAAGAAGAAUCCUCUGCGCAACAAGCAGGUUAUGCUGCGUCUGAACCCUUAUGCGUCUGUGUUCGCUAAGGAUUCUCAGAAGAAGCUGUAG